CCACCGGAGCUUGGCCUGGCGAGGAGGCCGGCUGGCCAGGGCCCGGGUGGGGGGACCCAGACAGCCCCGCAGUGGCGGCAGGCACCAGGAGGGGGUGGCCUGGGUGCCAGGGAGGGCGGGGGACGGACGGAGAGGAGGCGGAGGCAGGGGCCGGGCUGCGCGAGUGUGGAGGCAGGCGCACCGCCGCCCCUGGGCUGGGCGCGGAGGCCGGGCGGGGGCGGGCCGCGCGUCGGGCGCCGGGCCCGGGGCUGUGGGCACUGUGCCCAGCCCCCGGCGCACGCCGACCGCCGCCGCCGCCGCCGCUGCUGCAGUCGGCAUCCAUCAGCGGGCGGGGGUGUCGCGAACAGGCUGCUCCGCAGAACCCGCCGCGGCCCGCGCGCCGCCCCGCCCCGCGGCCUGCCGGGCCCGAGGAGCCGAGGGGCCGCCCCUCGCCCAGCCUCCCGAGAUGGGGACCCCCAGGCCCAGGCGUGCUGGUCACCAUGACAACAGAGACAGGCCCCGAAUCUGAGGUGAAGAAGGCUCAGGAGGAGGCCCCACAACAGCCUGAGGCUGCUGCUGCUGUGACCACCCCUGUGACCCCCGCAGGCCACGGCCACCCAGAGGCCAACUCCAAUGAGAAGCAACCGCCCCAGCAGGACGCUCGGCCUGCUGAACAGAGUCUAGACAUGGAGGAGAAGGACUACAGCGAGGCCGAUGGCCUAUCAGAGAGGACCACGCCCAGCAAGGCCCAGAAAUCACCCCAAAAGAUUGCCAAGAAGUACAAGAGUGCCAUCUGCCGAGUCACUCUGCUCGAUGCCUCUGAGUAUGAGUGUGAGGUGGAGAAGCAUGGCCGGGGCCAGGUGCUGUUUGACCUGGUCUGCGAGCACCUCAACCUCCUGGAGAAGGACUACUUUGGCCUGACCUUCUGCGAUGCUGACAGCCAGAAGAACUGGCUGGAUCCCUCCAAGGAAAUCAAGAAGCAGAUCCGGAGCAGCCCCUGGAAUUUUGCAUUCACAGUCAAGUUCUACCCCCCUGACCCAGCUCAGCUGACGGAAGACAUCACCAGGUACUACCUGUGCCUCCAGCUGAGGGCAGACAUCAUCACAGGCCGGCUGCCCUGCUCCUUUGUCACACACGCCCUGCUGGGCUCCUAUGCUGUGCAGGCAGAGCUGGGCGACUAUGAUGCCGAGGAACAUGUGGGCAACUACGUCAGUGAGCUCCGCUUUGCUCCUAACCAGACCCGGGAGCUGGAGGAGAGGAUCAUGGAGCUGCACAAGACAUAUAGGGGCAUGACCCCGGGAGAAGCAGAGAUCCACUUCCUUGAGAAUGCCAAGAAGCUUUCCAUGUAUGGAGUUGAUCUGCACCAUGCCAAGGACUCUGAGGGCAUUGACAUCAUGUUAGGUGUCUGUGCCAAUGGUCUGCUUAUUUACCGGGACCGGCUGAGAAUCAACCGAUUUGCCUGGCCCAAGAUUCUUAAGAUCUCUUACAAGAGGAGUAACUUCUAUAUUAAGAUCCGGCCUGGGGAGUACGAGCAGUUUGAGAGCACGAUUGGCUUUAAGCUCCCAAAUCACCGGUCAGCCAAGAGACUGUGGAAGGUCUGCAUUGAGCAUCACACGUUCUUCCGGUUGGUGUCCCCUGAGCCUCCACCAAAGGGCUUCCUGGUGAUGGGCUCCAAGUUCCGGUAUAGUGGGAGGACCCAGGCACAGACCCGCCAAGCCAGUGCCCUCAUUGACAGGCCUGCACCCUUCUUUGAGCGUUCUUCCAGCAAACGGUACACCAUGUCCCGCAGCCUUGAUGGAGCAGAGUUCUCCCGCCCGGCCUCAGUCAGUGAAAACCAUGAUGUAGGGCCUGAUGGUGACAAGCGGGAGGAGGAUGCAGAGUCCGGGGGACGGCGGUCAGAGGCUGAGGAAGGAGAGGUCAGGACCCCCACCAAGAUCAAGGAGCUAAAGCCGGAGCAGGAAACCACGCCGAGACACAAGCAGGAGUUCUUGGACAAGCCAGAGGAUGUCCUGCUGAAGCACCAGGCCAGCAUCAAUGAACUCAAGAGGACCCUGAAGGAGCCCAACAGCAAACUGAUCCACAGGGAUCGAGACUGGGAGCGGGAGCGCAGGCUGCCAUCCUCACCUGCCUCCCCCUCCCCCAAGGGCACUCCUGAGAAGGCCAACGAGAGAGCAGGGCUGAGGGAGGGAUCGGAAGAGAAAGUCAAACCACCACGUCCCCGGGCCCCAGAGAGUGACACAGGAGAUGAGGACCAGGACCAGGAGAGGGACGCAGUGUUCCUGAAAGACAACCACCUGGCCAUAGAGCGCAAAUGCUCCAGCAUCACGGUCAGCUCCACAUCCAGCCUGGAGGCUGAGGUGGACUUCACGGUUAUUGGUGACUAUCAUGGCAGCGCCUUCGAAGACUUCUCUCGCAGCCUGCCUGAACUCGACAGAGACAAAAGCGACUCUGAAACUGAGGGCCUGGUGUUCUCCCGGGAUCUCAAGGGGCAGGAUGAUGAGUCUGGGGGCAUCGAGGACAGCCCGGAUCGAGGGGCUUGCUCUACCCCGGAUAUGCCCCAGUUUGAGCCAGUGAAAACAGAAACCAUGACUGUCAGCAGCCUGGCCAUCAGAAAGAAGAUUGAGCCAGAGGCCAUGCUGCAGAGCAGGAUCUCCACUGUGGACCAUACCCAGGUUGAUGGGAGUGCCCCAAUGGGGAAGGAGUUCAUGACAACCACCCCCUCCAUCACUACGGAGACCAUAUCCACCACUAUGGAGAACAGUCUCAAGUCCGGGAAGGGGGCAGCUGCCAUGAUUCCAGGCCCACAGACGGUGGCCACGGAAAUCCGUUCUCUUUCUCCGAUCAUCGGGAAAGAUGUCCUCACCAGCACCUACGGCGCCACCGCGGAAACCCUCUCAACCUCCACCACCACCCAUGUUACCAAAACUGUGAAGGGAGGAUUUUCUGAGACAAGGAUUGAGAAGCGAAUCAUCAUUACUGGGGAUGAAGAUGUGGACCAAGACCAGGCCCUGGCUUUGGCCAUCAAGGAAGCCAAGCUACAGCAUCCUGACAUGCUGGUAACCAAAGCUGUCGUAUACAGAGAGACAGACCCAUCCCCCGAGGAGAGAGACAAGAAGCCACAGGAAUCCUGACCUCCGUGAAGGGGUGCUGGCAUGUCUGGUCCAACCCACGCCAGAAAACCAUUAAGAAGGGGCCUUCAAUCUGGAUUCUCCGACACCAACACUCAUGUCCCAGCUGCAACGUACUGUCACUGAUGAGAGACUGGGAAGGGAAAGCAUAUAUAUAUAGAUAUAUAUAGAUAUAGAUAUAUAUACAGGAAACACCGCGUCCUUGCACUGCUGCUGGGGCUGGCGGAGCAGUCGGCCGACAGCAACAACCAACAUCUGCCACAACCUACAUUUCCUUUGCAGACAAAUUGAAUAAUUGGUGGGAUUUUUCAGGAAAAAAAAAUGACAACAACCAUAAUCCCUUCCUCUCCAUGUUCUGCAAACCGCAAAAGCAAGCCAGACCACGAUGAUUGUAGAAGUUCCAUUCAACCCUGGUUGUGCACAGUCCAGUUCGUGGACAAGCGUUCCAUUUGUUCUUCUCCAUCAUCUGUUGCCCCCUCAAAUGCAAAGGAAAACAGUCACGCAGCCAAGCAAGAGAAGUCGCAGCAGCAAGUCACACACAGGCAACCAUUCUCCAAGAAGGAAAGAAAGAAAAUCUCCCACUUGGAAAAGAGGAGCAGGAACACUGGAUUAUUGUUUUCUGGGUCUUGACACUGGGCUGCAAAAUCCACCUUCUUUUCUUCCGCCUCCCCUCAUCCUCAACUCUCACACGUCUUGUCGUCAUUUUUUUUGUCUCGGCUCCCUCCUGCCCCUAUCCUGCCCCAUCUCCCCCUCUGUGUCCUGGUCCUGCUGAGGGCCACUGCAGAUGACUCUCAUUUGAAACAAGAAAAAGAAAAGAAGAGAAAGCAAGAACAGAAAAUGAAGCCGCGGGAAGGGAAGUAGACAUUGUAUGUUUCUGGUUUCUCUUGAUGAAGGUGCAGCUCGUAGGAGAUUUGUAUGGAUGUGCUUUUAAGUUAUGUAUAUUACA